UAAAAAAAUUUUUGUAUAAAAAAAAUUAACAAUAUGGUAAAACGAAAAAAUUUCGAGGAUUUUAAGUAAGGAAAAUUUAGUUGUCUAUUAAAAUCGUAAAUUCUAAUAUGACAAGCUGAAUACAUAAAAAAAGGUUGACGUAUUUUUCUGCUAAAGGAAGAGAAUAAAUAAGUGAGAAUUUUCAAUCUCAACAAUGUUGUUUUUCUGUACAAUUAGUUUUAACGUAAACUUUAAAACUAAAAUAACAUGUUAUAAAAAAAAACUAGUUGUUUUUUAUUGCUUCAAUAGCAACAGACAUAUCUGAAAAAAAUCAAGAUGAAGAAAUUCGAAAAAAUCUUACACAGGUCGGUAGCUCAAAGAUUGAAAACUGAUCAGUAGUCAUUAAAAUGAAGCGUGUAGGAUUUUUAUGCAAACUAAUUUAUUUGCAUGUUAGUAUUAUUUCUUUUCAUUCUUCUUUACAACUAACGAUAAAACCAAAAACCUACAGCUUAAGUUAUAAUACAGAUGAGAAUAAUCUACCUCCUAUUCACGCAGCUCCACCAGAAUCACGAACACGUUUAUUGCCACCACUUCUGAAAAAGUCAGAAACUGUUAUAAAAAGGAAGGCAAAUGUUACAUACGAUGUAAUUGAUUCUAAAACAAAUAAUAAAGGUUAUCAAAGAAUGGAUUGGUACCUAAAUUGAAUAAAAGGGUAAAAAAUAAAAGUCUUACCAAAAAAGCAAACACGCGGCUUGAGCACAAGGAAAAUGCAGGGCUACCCUUAGUAAGUAGAGGUGGAAACUCCUUGCAUAAGGGGAAUCGUCCAAAUGAGAAAACCGUUCCGGGUUUGUAUUCCAAGGCUGACAUAGAAGAACUUCUACAGGAAUUAAACUCUUUGAACGAUUUUUUAAAUAAUAAGAAGGUCUCGAGAUUGCAAUCAUUCGACGUUGAGCAAAAAAAUGAAGAGCCAAAAAACCAGAUUUUAAUAUUGCACCAAGCAAAACCUCAAAGUAAAACUGUGGGUGAUUUCCAAUCCGAACAUCAAAAUUCAAAAAAAGACAUGACGUUUCACGCAAAUCCAAACAACCAAGUAGUUGAAGCUCCAAUUAAUAAUGAACCCGUUCACAAUAAUGCAACAUCUGUGUUGCAUCAAUUAAAAAAUGGUCCAAUAGAAACGAUCUUAAAACAAAACGGCUUUUUACUUAAUACAUUAUUUGAGACGAAAAGUUACUUUAAAAAAAAUACCACAAACAACGAGCAAGAGAAAAAAAAAAAAAAAAAAAAAAAAAACAUCUUAUUUAGAUGUUCUUCCUGGUAGCAACAUCCCUAUAUACAGAUUUUCACAUAAUAAAGACGCUGAAGUGCGGGUUUUUGUUAAUAAAAACCCAUCUUUCGAAAAUAGUGGUGAUUAUGCUAUUGAAUUUAAUAUGCCACUAAGUCGAAUGGUUCCUACAAAUUCCGUGUAUCGCGUUAAUGCGACAGUUUAUGUUUCAAAUAAACACCAUCCUAGGGUUGUCUUCUAUAAUUCUAGCAACAUAGACCGAUUUAUGCAAAGAAACGGUAAUCAUGCGAGAGAAACCAUUCCUUAUCGUAUAUGCUAUCCAAAAAAAAAUACAAAUCUUGUAUUUACGAUCAAGAUGGGAGUUGAAAGUAAACAAGUUGUUUUUCUUAAUAAUAACUAUAGCGAAUUUAUUUUGCCUAAUUUUCGUAGGAGUAGUAAAAACGAAUGUGCGCUUGAAUCUAUUGAGAGUAUCCGUUUAUAUCCAGAUUUGGAAAAAUUUAAAAGAGAAAUAUUGAAUCAGCCGAAUGUGAUAGAGAAUUUGGUGAAUUUUCAUACACAUAAUAAGAAUUACAACCUGCGGAUGAUUUUCUUAAAUUCACCUUUAAUUUUUAGCGAUUGUUUUUUAACUUGUUCUAUUCCAAUGAAAUUUCAACGUACUACAAAACAUGACAUUAAAAAUAAACAAGAUGUUCUUUGGCGAUGGAGAAGCUUACAACCUAAAGGCAUCGUGGGGCUUAUACAAGAUGAAGAAAAUUCACUACAAGCCUUUCAAAACGAACACGACGAGGAAAAUAAAAAAAAAGAAAACGCUGUCAAAAGCCAUAAUGAGACAGUACCACACAAGGAGAAUGUAAACGUUGAGUCAAUCGUUGACAAGGUUCUUGAAAAGACUGAAACACAAGGAGGGGCACGUUUAGCUUCCUAUGAAGGAAUGCAGCAGUUUAAUGAUAUGCUGAAGGGAGUUGCUCGUGUAUGGUUACAAAAGUGGUGGCAUAUCGGACAAUGUAUUAGGGGUACGAAAAAUACUUAUCUGCCUUCUUGUCUAGUGGGAGCGUUCAGUCGAAGAAAUGUGUGUUCCUCCAUCAGGUAUUAUAAGGGUCCUUGUGCUGCGACUUCACUAAAAAGAGCUUCUUAUACUGUGAAGGAAAACUUUUCUAUUAGCUGUGAAGUAGACUGGCCUUGUAUUCAUAGUACUGCUCUGAAUGCUAGGUACAAUUGCCCGAAAAGAUGGGAAAACCCUGGAGGUGCUCUUUGUAUUGCACCAAAUGACUACUCAGGGAAAUGUUCUCCAGCGACAGAUUUCACAGGAUUUUCUAUAGAGGAAAAAAGUCAAUGGGCUUCUAUAUGCGAUGUCGAUUGGUUUGUGAAAGGAUCUAAUAAUGACGAAAAAACAAGAUCUAAAACUGCUUGGUCAAGCUCACUAAGUAUUGGAAAAAACGAGAGAAACGGUCCUAUCAAUCCAUCAACAGGUGUUAUUGUUCUUGACUCAAAACACGAAUCUUUUGCGAUAUAAAAAAAAUCUAAAUAAAAUGUGGAUGAGUUUUACCAGUAACACAUGUUUUUUUAAAAAAGCUUGCAUUGUGAUUUAUCAAGACGUAAAAAAAAUGUUCAUAUGUAUAUUACUAUUUUCUUCAAGUGUUUAGCUUGUUUUUCUUUGUAUAACUAAUAAGAAAAUAGAACUUAUACGAUUGAGGAAUUUCUCGAGAUGUUUAAUGUUUCCGUACUAUAAGCAUUGACAACUUUUUUCAAACAUCAAGAUAAUUAGUUUAAUUUAUUA